GGACCCCCCCAGGGCCGACGCGGGGGCGCGACGGCGGCCCAGCGGGCGCAGCAGCCACCGGACGCGGCGGCGAGCAUGGCCGCGGGCAUGCCGCAACAGGGGCAGCUGGCGGCGUCGCAAGCGGCGGUCGCUGCGGCCAUGCUGCAGCAGAUGUCCGGGCCGCAGAUGGAACAGGCCGCGAGGACCCACAUGGCGGAGGCCAUGCGCUUGAGGGCCAUGGCGGAGUGCCUGCAG